CUUGUGGGCAUGUCACAGAAUCUUUUACCGAUUUCCCCAAUUACCUCUCGACACUCUGAAACCUUUUGCCUUUUCUUCAACUUUCCAUUUUUAUCUUCCCACACAAACCCUUCCAACUGUCGCCGUCCGAUCUCUAUCUCCACUCUCCCCUCCCCCAAUUCUUUACCAUCUUCAAUCCCUUCCACUCUCACUAACUCUCACGUCCUCUCUUUCCGGGUUUUCAUUCUUGGAUCCCCUCAAUCCAUAACUCUUUCCCUGUAAUCUCUCUUCUCCAUCUGGGGUUUCGCAAUCCAAUCCCCCUUUCCAAUCUUCUGAUCAAAUUCGCUGUUUCUAUCCACCAAAAUUCGUUCUGGGUAUUUUAAUUCGAGUUCGCUUCCACGAUCCACCAUCUAUUGGAUUCAUCCAUGGAUGGUCGGAGCUACAACCACCACCGUGUACACAUGUCGGAUGUGGUUUUCGAGUGUGUGAUUCCAUACAUACACGACUCACGCGACCGUCAAUCGGUAUCCUUGGUCUGCCGGAGAUGGUACGAACUGGAAGCCCAGACACGUAAACAGGUGAUGAUUGCGUUGUGUUAUACGGCGACACCGAAGCAGCUAUGGCGGAGGUUCCCCUACCUUGAGUCACUGAAACUGAAAGGGAAACCGCGAGCUGCCAUGUAUAACUUGAUCCCGGAGGAUUGGGGUGGGUUUGUGACGCCGUGGGUGGAGGAGAUUGCGAGAUCUUUCGUUUGCUUAAAAGCUGUUCACUUUAGAAGGAUGAUUGUUAAAGAUGAUGAUCUUGAGCUACUUGCACGUUCACGUGGCCAUGUUCUUCAGGUUCUUAAGCUUGAUAAGUGCUCUGGUUUUUCCACCGAUGGUUUAUUGCAUAUAUGUCGAUCUUGCAGGAAUCUGAAUACAUUAUUUCUAGAAGAGAGUCAAGUAAUAGAGAAAGAUGGAGAGUGGCUACAUGAACUUGCAUUAAACAACACUGUUCUUGAAACAUUGAACUUUUACAUGACAGAUCUUUCUUGUGUUAAUAUCAAAGAUCUUGAACUUAUAGCCAAAAAUUGCAGGAAUUUAGUUUCAGUCAAAAUAGGUGAUUGUGAAAUCUUGGAUCUUGUUGAUUUCUUUCGUGCUGCUGUUUCACUUGAAGAAUUUGGUGGAGGUUGUUUUAAUGAUCAAGCAGAACAAUAUGCUUCAAUGUCUUAUCCUCCAAGAUUGUGUCUUUUAGGUUUAAAUUACAUGAGUACAAAUGAGAUGCCCAUUGUGUUUCCAUUUGCAUCAAGGCUUAAAAAGUUGGAUCUUCUUUAUGCGCUUCUUGAUACAGAGGAUCAUUGCCGAUUGCUUCCAAUGUGUCCCAAUCUUGAAGUUCUUGAGACAAGAAACGUAAUCGGAGAUCGCGGAAUGGAAGUUCUUGCUAAUUGUUGCAAAAAAUUAAAACGAUUACGAAUCGAACGAGGUGCAGAUGAACAAGAAAUGGAAGACGAAGAAGGAAUCGUUUCUCAAAGAGGCUUAACAGCUUUAUCACAAGGUUGUAUCCAAUUACAAUACAUUGCUGUAUACGUAUCAGACAUCACAAACGCAGCUCUCGAAUCCAUGGGAAUACACCUAAAAAACCUCUGCGAUUUCCGCAUGGUGUUGCUAGACAGAGAAGAGAUAAUUACCGAUUUACCCCUCGACAAUGGAGUCCGAGCUUUACUCAACGGUUGCCAUAAGCUUAAACGAUUCGCUCUGUAUCUUCGACCUGGAGGUUUGACCGAUGUGGGUUUGACUUAUAUCGGUCAAUACAGUCAAAAUGUACGAUGGAUGCUAUUAGGUUAUGUUGGCGAAUCUGAUGACGGGCUUUUAGGGUUUUCAAAAGGGUGUCCGAGUUUACAAAAAUUGGAAGUGAGAGGGUGUUGUUUUAGCGAACAAGCACUUGCGAUUGCUGUUUUACAAUUGAGAUGUUUGAGGUAUUUAUGGGUUCAAGGGUAUAGAGGGUCAUCUACUGGAUGUGAUUUGUUAACAAUGGCGCGACCUUUUUGGAAUAUUGAAAUAAUUCCUUCUAGAAGAGUCGUUGUUGUUGGGGAAGAUAAAGAGGAUGAACAACCUGCUCAUAUACUUGCUUAUUACUCUCUUGCUGGACCUAGAACGGAUUUCCCACCUUCUGUUAUCUCACUUGAUUCCAUUCCUGUUCUUGAUUCCAUUCCGGUGAUAGAUGAAUAGAAGAGAUGUGUAUAGAUCUUUCAUUCCACAAGCUCUAGACAUAGUCUUCUGUUUCAUGUUAUAUUCUCAUUAAGCUUGAUGUAUUUGAAAUCUUGAAGGUUUUUUUUUAUGUUAAUGAAUAAUGAGCCAUUUUUAGUGAACCUCCAUACAUGUUAACAAGAUUAUCAAGGGUGAUAUUCAAGAAAGUGUAAUAAAGAUUGUACAUAUGUUUUUA